AAUUUAUAAUUCAAAUAUAUCGUUCGUCAAGUUACAAUAAUUAAUAACAAUACUGUUAUAUCCUUAUAUUUUUCACAUGUAUCCGUAUCUGUUAGUAAUAAUGGAAACAAAGAACAGUGAACCCUCGAAGUUUGAAUUAAAGGAGAAUAUAACUUCUACAUUCGAACGAAAAUUCAAAGUCCAAGUAAACAUUAAAGAAUAAUUUAUAGUUAUAUAUAAUAAAAUUUUAACUGCUUGUGACGGGAAUUGCAACUGAGCAGUGUAUAUCAUCAUACAAUAAAAGCAUUCAAUUAUUAAACUUGUCUUUUAUUAACUACCAAUAUGAGGGCAUUUAAUUUAAAGUUUGAGUCAUCUCGUCAAAAGUUUGUGUGUGAACUUCAAGGGUCUGCAGUAUAAUGAAAUAAUGAAUUAGAACUUUACAACCAAGAAUUCUUUUUGCUCUUUUUCUGAUUUAUUUUUGAAUUAUUAUUAUUUUAAUGAAAGACAUUAUACUUCGUUAAAUGUACGAAUCAUUAUCUAUAACAGAUUUUAAUGAUUCGAGUACAUAUAAUAUUGAAACGUAUAAUAACUCUGAGACAAUUUAUCAUUCUUAUGAAAUAUAUAUAAAUAAAAAGUGAAUGUAUAAGUGAAAUUCGAUAUUUUCGCUUGAUAACUUAUUUGCGGACGUAGGUAUAUACCAGUGUAUACGUAAGUGGAUAACGGGAAGGGAUAGGCAAUUCAGAAUAUUAAAGUAUUAACGAAUAAAAAUGUCAUUAGAUAAGCUAAUAAAUCGUAACCAUCAGAUUGUCAUUACUCCGUGACGAACUCUCAUUUACGUAUAAGAGAAUUUUAGGACUAAAAUGCAUAUACCUAAAGCUACCUGUAAUUCCUAACCAGUAGUAUUUAUACGUGUUAUUAUGCUAAAUAAGUAUAACAUAUUCUUACUUAAUGCAUCAAUAUUUCCUUACUCUGUUUGAAAUAUUAUUUAUUCUCAAACCUUAACAGUUGUGUUAUUGCUAUUAGCAGUCGGUUUCAUCAAAUUUUUUGAAUAUAACACAGGUGAUUAUUGUGAAUAAUGAUUGUUGGGAGAACUUUACUGUCUACCCUUGCAAGGGUACCAUUAGUUUCUUAUGCACAAUCUCAGUUAUUAAGGCAGCAGCAAGAUGUGAAUUUAUUUUUGUUGGUGGGCAAAGUAUCCAAUUAUCAUACGAAUAAGAAUAUUGAAUAUAUUGUACAAAGUAAUCAAAUAAAAGGUCAUAAUAGAACAAUUGAACAGUCUGAUAAUGUGAAAAAUAGGCCAUUGUUAGUUUUACUUAGCUGGCUAUUAUCAAAACGUAAACAUGUUAUGAAAUACACGAAUUUGUACAAGGAACAAGGUUUUGAUAUUGUUGUAGUAUCAGUUACUCCUUGGCAACUAUUGUGGCCUUCAAAAGGAACUAGGUUAGUUGCUGCAGAUCUAUUAGACUUCCUAGCGAAACAUAAAAAUUAUGAACAAAUAUUCUUACAUGGGUUCUCAGUUGGUGCAUAUAUGUGGGGAGAAGUGUUAGAUAUAAUGCAAAGUAAUCCCCAAAAAUAUAAUAAUAUAAUUGACAGAAUUGUUGGUCAAGUAUGGGAUAGUGUAGCCGAUGUAACAGAAUUGUCAAUAGGUAUACCACGAGCAGUAUUCCCAAAAAAUUUGGUGUUACAAAAUAUGUUGCAAAAAUAUAUGGAGUAUCACUUAAAAACAUUUUACAAACAAUCUACGCAAUAUUAUGUACGCUCCAGUCAAUUAUUUCAUACAAAUUUGGUACGUACCCCUGCUUUAUUUCUCAUGAGUAAUACAGAUCCUGUUGGUUCAGUAACUAGUAACAUGAAAGUACGUGAUUCGUGGGAUAGUUUGGGUACAAAGACUUAUGUCAAAAUAUUUGAAAACUCUCCACAUGUUGGGCAUUAUCAAAAAUAUCCAAAAGAAUAUGUCGCCGAAUUAUACGCCUUUUUAUAUAAAUUAAAUUUAAUUCAAAAUGAAGAAAGAAUGAGAUCACAUUUUUGAAUGUGAUAUUUUAUGUAUAAUCAUUCAUAUUUCAAUAUAAUAUGUAUUACAUUUAUCAAAUAUGUAAUCCUUUGGUACAUAUUUAACUUUUAUAUAAAUUAAUUUUGAGGGAAACAAAUGCCAAAGUGAUCUAAUGUAUAAUUAAUUAAAAUUUUUUACUUAAUUGUUUUAGGCUGUGUAUACUUUAUUGGCUGUAACUGAAAUUAAUUUUGUGCAAUAAUUUAAAAUUUAGUAAUUCAAAAUUACGAUUAUUAAAUAAUCACACAAGUGUUCACUUAAAGAUAUAUGUAUGUUCUGUAGAGAGAUAAGGAGCUAAGCAGGGAACUGCACAGGGGCAAGGAGAAUAUACUCCUCACGCCUAUGCUGCCCAGAUUCCUUCCAUUUAACUUCUUCUUAUCUCUCUCCUAUAUAGUAGACAAGUAAUAAAAGAAAAAAAUGAGACAAUCUAUAUUCUGUAGGUACUUUAAACUUAUUUUUUGAAUUUAAUAUAGAAAACGGAAUAUAUAAUAAUCUAAUCAUCAACUGUACAGGAAACGAUAUAAAUACUCGCCUUUUAUAUGAUAAAUAUAUUAUGUCUGUGUACACUUUAUAAAAAUAAUAAAAAUUAAUUAUACUUUUACUUGUA